AUGUCGACAGCUCCCGACCCUAAGAUCCAAGACCUGCUCAACAAGCCUAAGGCCGAGCUCACAGAAUAUGAGGUCGCUCUUGUUGAGGAGCACGAGCUCACCGCUGGCCCGCUGUCCCUCCUGCAGACCGCCACCCGCUCGCACACCCAGGUGCUGAUCUCCUGCCGCAACAACCGCAAGCUGUUAGCCCGUGUCAAGGCCUUUGACCGACACUGCAACAUGGUCCUGGAGAAUGUUAAAGAGAUGUGGACCGAGAAGCCAAAGGGUAGCAAGGGCAAGGGUGUCAACAAGGAUCGCUUCAUUAGCAAGAUGUUCCUUCGCGGUGACUCCGUUAUUCUCGUCCUGCUUAGCUGA